AUGGAUCGUUGGUUUUUGAUGCUAAGCUUUGCUCUGAUGUUGGAUCAGGAGAUGCCCCGUUGGCUACCUGCCUACGACCAGAUUUUUCUUUGGGCAGCAGCCUUCCCCGCCAUGGGAUUAGCAUCACGGAGCUUCCGGCUCCGCCUUAUCCGACCCGGGCUAUUAGCCGUACUGGCGGUCGCUCUUUAUCGUGCCGGCAUCCCGCGACGGCUUGAACCUGAUGUAAUGCAAUAUGGUUAUUCUGGCUCGAUCGCUCUAUUUUUCGGCUCGCUGGCUCUAAUUGUCGCCGUGCACGAGUCACGACUAUUCCGACCAAGUCUCACGGUGGUGGUCGAAGUCGCUGCGGUCAUGCUUGCCUACGGGCAGUGGGGCUCAUCGUGGGUUGACAUGCUGCUUCAGUCCGGUGGUCUAACCGAAUUGAUCCCACAAGCCAAGCCAAUUGCGCUCGCAACCUCGUUCAUCAUGCUUGUAGUCGUACUGGAAAUCUACGGACAAGUAAAUAUGGGAGCCAGUCCAAAGUGGUAUGUCUUUGCUGGUAUCGGGCUUCAUGUCGCAUUUAUGCUGCAAACCAUCAUUUCGCAAGUGCAAUUGCCCCAAACGGUCAGACUGCUCGCCAACAUGCCCAUGCUGAUCUGGCUUAAUCUACUAUGGAGCCGGGCAUUGGGGCGUGGAUCCGCCGCUUAG